GGACGGAAUUUGGAAAAAACCACCGAUAUCUCGAGGUAGAUCAGCCGUUCCAAGCGCUUUCUCCGGGAAACUCAACCCCUCAAGCCGUGCGCGCGAGUGGCGGUCGGAAGACACUGACUGCGUCCUUUCCCACCUCUGCUUUUCUCACUGAUUCUUCGUUAGACUCGACUCAGUGACUGAAGCAAACUGGAUCCGUUACCCCUGCUUUUUCGCGCUCUCUUUUUACAACCACUCUCCGCCGACGGCCGUUUCCACUUUCUUCUGUUCCUUUCCAGGCCGUUGGUCGACCGUGACUCAUCCCUUCUGCCUUACAGCAAAAUCGCAACUUCUUCAGGGCGGUUUUGUCUCCGCACAUGGUUUUCAGCCGCACCUCUUGGAAGGGCUGUAGGGGCCCAGCCGCCCUCCCAAAAAUACUCUGAGUGUCGUUCGUCCCCGGUAACUCUGUAUUCAGUCCUCUCUCGAAAGCUGCUUCCUCUGCACAGCAGUCACUUCUCUUUCCUCGUACUUCAAGGCACUGUCAUCUGUCUUGCUCCCAAGCCUCCGCUAAGCCUUUUUCUUGCGGUCGCGUUUCGCAGGCGCAUAGCUUCCGGUGCAGCACGAAAGUAUGUUUUCCGAUUGAGCCGACAGUGCGUUCACGUUAGGCUUAUUCUUUCCUCUAGACACAGCCGUCGACUCCCCGAAGGUCGUCUCUCUCCCUCUGUUGACCAUGGCGACGCAACUCUCCGAUCCGUAUGCGGCGCAUUAUGCUCCCGUCUCUUCGGCGGCGAACGAACCUACGCGUCCAGCUGUUCUUGUUAGCAACGGUCCGCCAACGGGUCCGUCUGUGGUGAUGCCUUCCGCCGGCGCCCCAAUGCCUUCGAGCUAUGUCGCGUGUCCCGCCUCAGCUGCGCCGGGCACGGUGUACGUCAUGGCUCAGGGUUUGCCGUCCACUGGUCUCGCGCCUUCGACGACCGGCAGUUUCUCGUACCCGGCCCAGAGUGCCAUGCCCGGAGGCAGCUUUUUUAUGUCUUCGGCACCGAUUUCGACAGUUCGUCAAGCCCAGCCUCCGACUCUGCUGCCUGCGCUCCCACAUUCGUUCCGCGCAGGCUGGCUCGGCAGUCGCCUCGCUGACGCCUCGUCUGAAGACUUACCAGGUGUACGUACACUCCGCGGGGGCAUCGUCACCUGCAUCAUGGUGCUUCUCGUUUCGUCCCUGUUCGCCUGCCUCGGAAGGACCGACUUCAACUUCGUUCUCUACUUAGUGGGCUACCACCUGUGGUGCGUCGAUGGCGAGACGAAGAGCGUUACUGGCGUUAAGAGGCUUCUUCGCGGCGCCCGACAGUACGCUGUCUUGCUCUGCAUCGCCUCCAUAGUAGAGAUCACGUGGCUGUUCAUUGCGUACUCAACGUGGAGCUGCGAAAAAGGCGAUGCGGAACUCUGCUUCCCAGAAAGCGAAAACCUUCGGGUUCGCUGGACAUACGGCAUGCACAACUGGGCUCUGGGUCUUUCCACAUUCAAUCUUCUUGUCAAGAUUUUCCUCAUUUUCCUUUCCUUCACGUGGGUCCAACAACAACGCACCACUCUUGGCCUGGGAGGCGCCGGCCCUGUCCCCGGAGGCACGUCCAUUCUUCCUCCUGGCUCAGAUUAGGAAGACGCAGCUUUCGUCGCCCCUGUUCCUGUUUCUCUGGAGGCAAAUGAGGGACGAGUCGGAGGUGACCAGACCGGGUGACAUUGACUUGAUUGGUAUACUUCAGGGAAGACGAUUUCUGUACUGAAGCCGCCCGAAUUCAAUGCACCGGGUGUUGCUCUAGGCACUCUUUUGGAUGGGAAGGAAUAUGGAGAGACCAGUAACCAAGCAGUCCAGAGGUCUCUUCGUUUCCAAAUCCUCUAAGAGUGCAGAAGGGAUUUAUCCAGUCUAAUUUUCACUAUAUCAGCGACGGAAUGUGUUACGCUCCGAACCCGUUCACCAAUUAGCAGUUGUGAGGA